AUUUGAGGCGGACGCGGGGCUGUGGGGGGAGGAGGGAGGCUAUGGCGCUCGGAGCAUUGUGGGACACUGUAGGACACGUGGGGCGGGACGGAAGGCUCGGAGGGUCAGACCGUAGCGACGCGGGAAGUCCGGACGCAGUAGCUCCCUGAAGCGGAGGCGAAGGGGAGUUUAAGCCCCAGCGGCGGCAAUGGCGGAGAGGCCCGAGGACCUAAACCUGCCCAACGCCGUGAUCACCAGGAUCAUCAAGGAGGCGCUCCCGGACGGUGUCAACAUCUCCAAGGAGGCCCGGAGCGCCAUCUCCCGCGCCGCCAGCGUCUUCGUGCUGUACGCCACAUCCUGUGCUAACAACUUUGCAAUGAAAGGAAAGCGGAAGACGCUGAAUGCUAGUGAUGUGCUCUCAGCCAUGGAAGAGAUGGAGUUCCAGCGGUUCGUUACCCCAUUGAAAGAAGCUCUGGAAGCAUAUAGGCGGGAACAGAAAGGCAAGAAGGAGGCCUCAGAGCAAAAGAAGAAGGACAAAGACAAAAAAACAGACUCGGAAGAGCAAGACAAGAGCAGGGAUGAGGACAAUGAUGAAGACGAAGAAAGGCUGGAAGAAGAAGAACAGAAUGAAGAGGAAGAAGUAGACAACUGAAAAGGGCGGGAGACUGUGGCACCUUGAAAGGUACCACUUGAAAUGAGACGUGCUACGUGUUUCUGUGAAGCUUUUCCAUGCUGGGCAGAGUAGUCUCAGGCAAAAGUGCCUGAAAAGAUCAGAAUAAAAACUGACUAGAAAUACCAUCAAAACCAGCACUUACCAAACUCAGAGCAUCUGAGUAGCAGAAUCCUGUUUUGCUUCAUCAAUCUGAAGGUUAUGGCCUUUUGACAAGAGGGAUUCUGAACGACUAAAUUAGUCAGUUUGCUCACUUUUGUUUACUUAAAUGUAUGGUUAGAUGGUUUUUGAUCUGCAGUCUUCCCUAGUCCCCCAAAUAAGUAAUAAUAACUUCCAUGCUGCCUGCUGUGUUCCAGAUCACAGAGGCAGCCAAGGCUCAGGAAAAACUGGGGCUUUGCUUAUGGUCAGCCUAUGUUUGAUUGCACAGUCUUUGACAAUAGUAGCUUACUAAGACUGCUCAGAAUGAGUAAGCUUUAGGAAACUACUAAAAUGCUGUUGGAGAAUAACAAAA